CAGGAUGUGACUAGUCCAGCUGGGAUGGAACAGCCAGCAAGCCACAUGCCUUGCCAGGUGGACAAACAGCUGGAUUUCAUUACAUUCAGUAAAGAUGGCCACUUCCUUAUGGGUAGCAGUAAUUUGACUGGCCGAUAUUGGGGAGGCUCCAUCUGGUACUAUGAUGAUCCCUCCCUUGCUCCUUCAGUUGAGAAAUGUCUUACUGCUUAUGAAAUUAAUUCUGGAGUAGUGGAUGCAGCUUUUAUUGAUGAGAAAAAUCUUGUUGUUGGUCAGGAUUCUGGUACUGUUGAAUUUUUCACCGUGUCAAAAUCAGCAAGUGGCAGCCAACUUCAGAGUGUGUGUCAGAUAGAGGAGCACCUUGAUUCCAUACACUGUGUCAAGGUUACCUGUAAUAAUAAGUCUAUUAUUACAGGAUCAGCUGAUAUGAGCAUAAGAAUAUGGGACUCUCAUACCUCAAUAGUAUCUCGUCUGUUAAGUGUAGCACAUUCACAGCAGGUAACAGGACUUGCCCCACAUCCCACCAAUGAUCAAGUAUUUCUGUCUACUGGAAUGGAUGGCAAUGUGCUGUUGUGGGACUUAAGAUUGCAAAAGCCUGCUUCAUGUGUUUAUCGUGAUUGGGAUGACAAACCUGAGUGUGUAGUGUGGACUGGCACAGGAGAAGCAGGCGGAGAAGGCUACUUGGUUGGGGUACAGAGUGGUGCUAUAGUGUUACGGAACACAGCAAACCUUAGUUACAAUAUUACAAGUUUCCAAGCACUAAACAGACCACUUUAUAGACUAGCAGCUAACCCAGAAAGACCAAGCCAAGUUGCUAUUUGUGGGAAUGAUUGUAAACUGGUUGUGGCAGAUGUUGACAGUGAAGCAAUCAAAGCAAGAUACGAGGAUGAACGACACAAUGACUUCAUUCGAGGCCUGGCCUGGAAGGAUGGCAAUACCUUGUUUACUUGUGGAUGGGAUAAAGCAGUUCAUGAGCAUACCAUAAGUAAUUAAUUUUCCAUAGUGUAAAGCAAUGCUUUUUGUGAAAUGUUAAGCAUACCAAUCAUUCAGGAAUACUGAUGAAGAAUCAGUACAGAAUGUAAUUAUUUUUAUUCAUUACCAAUCAUUUCUUUCCUUUUCCAAGAGAGAUUAACAUUAAUUUCAUUAGUACAGCAUCUCUCAAUAAACAAGUAGAAAUUAACUUUUUUAUGUGAAUUUACAUUUGUAGAAAAAUUAAUAAAUGUCUGUCUCAGCAGAAUGAUACAGAUAUCUCU